AUGGAGGUGCUCGUCACUGAUGCCUUCGGCCUCCCCGACGAUGCGCUGGUGUCCAUACGCUACGGCAACACCAGGCGACAAGUUCCGCUGGAGUCUGCAUUGUCUCACCCCCUGAAGUUUCCGGCUCAGCUGGAAGACCUCAGUGAGCCGUUGAAGAUUGAGGUGCUCCAGCGGAUUGCUUCCACGCACCUUGUGCUCCAUCCACAUGAGGAGCACUAUGGGAUAGGGUUCAAGCACUCGGAGAGUGCCAUGGGCCUACAUGUCCGAGCAUCCGGAGGAGAGCCAGGAAUUGCCAGAGAGCUGCAGCCCAACGACUCGGCGGCCGCUGCAAAGCACUACCUGGAGCAGAAUGGCCUGCUGAAGUACAUCCAGUCACUGCUCCAUGCCGUCAUCCAGGACAAGCCCCAAGAUCCGUUUGCCUACAUGAUCGAACAGCUCACUGCGGCCAAGAGCAAGGCGGAAGCCUGUGCGAGGGUCCUCUCGCGACCCGCCAGUGCAGUGCCGAGCCGCCCAAGCAGCGCCGCGAGGCCUACAUCCGCACACAUUCGAUCAAGGCUGCUGCAAGCGCAGCUCGGGAGGUCUGGGCAGACGGCGGAAGAGCACGCUGCUUCGGCAGCGCGAGUGCCGGAGGAGGACGCAGACUCCCCGCCAGUCGCGCCGGCCCCCGUGGCAGAACUCGAGGAAGAGGAGUUGAUUGGAGGCGUCGGGCCCCGGGAGAUUGAGGGAGAAGCUGAGCCGGCCGACGAGGCCCGGCAGCGGCUCCUCGAGGUCCUCCGCAGCGGCGCCGGCUUCGAAGUCUUGGUGGCCCUGGAGGACGCCCCUGCGGAGCUCCGCGCCGACCGGGACAUCGUCCUCAAGGCCGUGGAGAGCGAUGGCGCUGCCCUGGAGUAUGCGGCCGAAGGGCUCCGGGCCGACCGGGACUUCGUCCUGAAGGCCGUGGAGAGCGAUGGCUUUGCCCUGGCGCAUGCGGCCGAGGAGCUCCGAGCCGACCGGGACUUCAUCCUCAAGGCCGUGCGGGCGACGCGCGCGGACUGGCUCCUGCAGUUUGCGUCUAAGGCGCUCCAAAAAGACGAGGCCCUGGCCCGGCGCUGCAAGGAGGCGGCCGGGACGGGCCUCGUGUUUACCUACUACCGCAGCUACCAGUGCUUCCAGGACAUGCGCAACCGCUUCCCGGCCGCCGGCGCCUCCGUCCCCGGGGGCGAAGCCUACGAGGAGGUGAUGGAGAAGCUGAAGGAGGCCUCACACGGGAGCACGGCCACAGUCUGGUUUGAUGAGCAGCCGGUCUUCGGCCACGCUGCCGACGACGGGCGCUGGACGCACCCGAGCCACGACUGCGGCCGGGACAUGCUGCCGGUGCCGCCGAAGGAGGGCCGCGACGCCAAGUGGAACUCUACGGUGGACUCCCGGAGCCAGUCGCUCGUUUCCGAGGUUGGCAAGAGCUACGUCUGCUGGUGCUGUCGCUGGCUGCGUGAAGUGCGCAGGCACCACGAGCGAGGGGAAGUGAUCUGCUGCGCAGUGUCGAAUAUCUAUGACGAGGCUUGGGUGCGGAAGUAUGGCGCAGGCUCGUCGGAGCUCUCGGAUGCAGACGCGCCCGUCCACGACCGGACGAAGAAGCCCCUGGGGGUGGGUUGCCGCUGGGAGCGGCAGGCCUUGGACAAUAUGGAGUUCCCGGUCUACGCUGGACAAGAGGGCCGUAAGAGCCGCAAGAACCGUAAGAGCCGUAAGAGCCGUCAGAGCCGUGCCGCUUCACCCGGGCGGAUCCCUCUCAGGCAGCUGCGGUCAAGGCUCCUCUUCGCAUGGCACGUCAUCAAGUACAAUACUGUACCAUUGGACCAUUGGUACAGUACAAGUAUUCUGCUGGUCUUCGACAGUCUAUCCGCAGCUGAUGUGACGCUUCUGUCCAAGCACCGGCCUUUGCAAAGCAAAUCUGCCGCCGAUGUGCACAUCUCGGCUCUGCAAAUGGCAGUGCUUUGCCUGACUUGCGCCUCCGGGUGCACGAUGAAGAGCUGCCUACAUGAGCGCGGCAAAGAUGUCGACCUGCCACGUUCAAUCCUGCGCGUCGGCAUGCAGAGUCAAAAAGGUCCGCGUGCAUCAAGCCCAAAACAUUUCGGGCGAGUCGGAAUCAGCUCGGUCUCAGCCUCGCAUGCUCCUUGCGUUCAUGCACGCUUUGCCCUUGGCUCUAAGCCGCUAGCGCUGGCAAGGACUGGGAAAAUCAUCGACGCCAUGUUCUGCUCCUGCAGCAAUCCUCACGAUGAGGAAGAGGAAUGGACUGGAGGCAUAGGGCCACAAGAGAUCGAGGGAGAAGCUGAGCCGGCCGACGAGGCCGGGCGUUCCUUCAGGGAGGCCGAGGGUGAAUUAACGGUGCUGAAGAGUAGUGGCGCUCGCGCCUCGAAGGGCCGUCAGCGGCUCCUCGAGUACAUCCGCCGCGGCGACGGCUUCGAAGUCUGGGGAGCCCUGAGGGCCGCCCCGGCGGAGCUCCAGGCCGACCGCGACCUGGUCCUCAAGGCUGUGGAGUGCUUUGGCCUUGCCUUGGAGCAUGCGGCCGACGAGCUUAAGGCCGACCGGGACUUCAUCCUCAAGGCCGUGGAGAGCUUUGGCCCUGCCCUGGAGCAUGCGGCCAACGAACUCAAAGCCGACCGCGACUUCCUGCUUGCAGCAGUGAGGGCGACGCGUUCGGACUGGCUCCUGCAUUUUGCGUCUGAGGAGCUCCGAGAGGACGAGGCCCUGGCCCGGCGCUGCAAAGAGGCGGCCGGGACGGGCCUCGUCUUCACCUACUACCGCAGCUAUGACUGCUCCGGUGAAAUGCGCGACGUCUUCCCGGCCGCCGGUGCCUCCGUCCCCGGGGGCGAAGCCUACGAGGCGGUGAUGGAGCAGCUGCGGAGGGCCGCGCACGGGAGCUCCUCGGCUCCGGGUGAGGUUCAGCUGCUCGGAGGGGUUGAAGUGUGGAAGGGGGGCCUGGGGCCCAACAGGGCCCAAGCCUCCGCCUCGGGUUUUCCCACAGUUUCUCCCAUCUUGUGCCGGUUCCGCUUCCCCCCGCUGCGCGUGUCAGAGCGGCCGUUGUGCCCAGGCACUGCCACCGUCUGGUUUGACCAACAGCUGGUCUUCGGCCACGCUGCCGACGACGGGCGCUGGACGCACCCGAGCCACGACUGCGGCCGGGACAUGGUGCCGGUGCCACCGGAGCAGGGCCGCGAGGCCAAGUGGAGCUCCACAGUGGACUCCCGGAGCCAGUCGCUCGCCGCUCCCGAGGUUGGCAAGAGCUACGUAUGCUGGUGCUGCCACUGGCUGCGUGAAGUGCGCAGGCACCACGAGCGAGGGGAGGUGAUCUGCUGCGCAGCGUGGGUGCGGGACUAUGGCGCAGGCUCCUCGGAGCUCUCGGAUGCAGACGCCGAACUGCACGGCCUUCCCAAGGAGACGUUCAAGAAUGGGAGGCCGCCUGGCUGGGGCGAAGGCCAAAUCCGCAUCUCCAACGGCAAAUCCUUCGAGCGCAAGGCGCCCGUGCACCCCCGGACGAAGAAGCCCUUGGGGGUGGGCUGCCGCUGGGAGCGGCAGGCCUUGGACAACAUGGAGUUUCCGGUGUACGCGUUUUUCAUGCAGCUGCGGUCAAGGCUCCUCUUCGCAUGGCACGUCAUCAAGUACAAUACUGUACCAUUGGACCAUUGGUACAGUACAAGUAUUCUGCUGGUCUUCGACAGUCUAUCCGCAGCUGAUGUGACGCUUCUGUCCAAGCACCGGCCUUUGCAAAGCAAAUCUGCCGCCAAUCUGCACAUCUCGGCCUUGCGCCUCCACCGGGUGGACGAUGAAGAGCUGCCUACAUGA